GGCUCAUUGCCAACUUCUCCUGCUCUGGAUCACAACCAACUCUUUAGGGAUGGGCAGAGCAGGGCUGGAACUCCGUCACGUCACUGCCGCGUGUCKCCAGGGCGGGGACUUUGCCACCCGGGACAGCCACGAAAACUCUCCCCAUCCCUACCGGGGACCCGYGUGGGACUGCAGCUGUCUAAGUGCCUGAGGACACAGAUAAUAACAGAUUGACCAAAUCCCAGCACGAUGGCAACAGUCAAGGGCAUCUCGACUUUCAGUGCUGAGCAAGAAGCACAAGCACUAAGGAAAGCCAUGAAGGGAUUUGGCACGGAUGAAGAUGCCAUCAUUGACACCUUGACCAAACUGAAYGUUUCCCAACGGCAGCAAGUUCUGAUCACCUAUAAAAGCACUAUUGGCAGGGAUUUGAUUGAUGACUUGAAGUCUGAGCUGAGUGGGAAUUUUGAAAAGGUGAUCGUUGGUUUGAUGACUCCUACCAUCAUGUACGAUGUGCACGAACUGAGGAGGGCUCUAAAGGGAGCAGGAACAGAUGAAGGCUGCCUGAUUGAAAUCCUGGCUUCUCGCACCAACGCAGAGAUUCGGCACAUCAACGAGAACUACAAACUCCAAUAYGGYUCUACCCUCGAGGAYGACAUCGUCUCUGACACCUCCUCCAUGUUCCGGAGAGUCCUUGUGUCCCUCGCAACAGGUAACAGAGAUGAGGGAACAUUUGUGGAUGAGGCCCUUGCUCAACAAGAUGCUCAGUGCCUGUAUGAAGCUGGGGAGAAGAAAUGGGGAACAGAUGAGGUGCAGUUCAUGUCCAUCCUCUGCACCCGGAACAGGUGCCACCUGCUGAGAGUUUUUGAUGUGUACAGAGGGAUUGCUAAUAAGGACAUCACAGAGAGCAUUAAAUCUGAGAUGUCAGGAGACCUCGAGGAUGCAUUGUUAGCUGUGGUGAAGUGCUUGAGGAAUAAACCUGCGUAUUUUGCUGAAAGAUUGUACAAAUCUAUGAAGGGCCUGGGCACAGAUGACAGCACCCUGAUCCGGGUGAUGGUGUCCCGCUCAGAAGUWGACAUGCUCUACAUCAGGAGGGAAUUCCUGGCCAUGUAUGGGAAAUCGCUCCACUCCUUCAUUAAGGGAGACUGCUCAGGGGACUACAGGAAAGUUCUGCUCAGGCUCUGUGGUGGGGAGGAUUAAAGGAGGCCUKUGGGACUGCCUGGSUGAUGGGAAGCAGCUGAUCRUAGAAUCAUUUAGGUUGGAAAAGAUCUUUAAGAUCAUCAAGCCCAAUCAUGAUAAAGAUUUCUUUCUAUUAAYUUUUUUCACAAAUGCCUUAUUAAUUUUUCUAAUUAUUGAUUUAGGUUAGUUCAUGCUCUGGUUAGAUAGUGGCCAUUCUGGUUGACCCUUUUGGCACACUUUUAUGCUUGGGAACACCCAUUUGCYUACUAACUGGGCUGAUAAAGCCCAUCUUACACAGAACGCUGUAACCAAAGAUACAAAAGUUAAAUUGUUUCUUGACCAGCUGUCCCUUUGUUGGUCAGGAAAAUGCAUCAGCUGAAGCAAACCUGGAUGCAGAGUGUGAGAGGCUGCCCAGGGAAAAGCCAACCUCAUCAGUACAUGGAGAGUUUAGAAYAUGGGUUUGCUUCUGUUUCUUGAUAAAAUUAAGACACAAAGAAAUCAAAUAUCUAAAACACAAGAACGUUUACAUGUUAACUUGCCUCUGUUGGUGGGAACACUGACAGCCUGCCUGCACUGUAUGUAUAUGUUGCCUGUAGAUCUGUAAGUGGGCAAGUUGUCACUGGUGACAUCAGAAAAGCCCUUUUUCUGCCUUGGUUAGAGCAGCCCUGUGCUCUUGAUCUGUCUGCUUGACUAUUGGACUAUAAAUAAUUAUGUUAUACUGCAAACCCUGCUCUGGAURAAGUGAUAUUGUUGGAAUGGUGCCUUUUUAGGAAUGACCUGUCCCUAAAACCCCACCUCAUCAGCCUGGUGCUGGGAUGCCUCCCCAAAGCUCCCUGAGGUAACUCCCCAGGACACCUCCCCAUGCUGGCAGCAGCCCCGUGUCACAGGACCAUUAAAGGAUGUCACCUGGAUGUCCACAUCAAUAUCUGGGAGGGACUUUUCACCCAGACUCUACACACCUGCCUGUUCGCUUUUUUCACUACAAAAGUGGGAUUCUGCUUUGGCUUAGCAAUUUAUUUUUUACUGCUGAUGUAUAAUCCUKUUCUGAAGGACCAGACUGAGCUUGGACUGUCAAAGCUCAAACACCAAGGUGGUUAGACCCCAGUUCCAUCAGUCAUUUUCCUCUAAAACAGGGUCCUGCUGCUUGGAAUAGGAGAUGCCUCUGUGGCCUUCAAUAAAAUAAUUUUCUUUCUGUU